AUGUUCACAAAUCUUAGAUCUACAGACAACACAAUUAGACAAUAGGCAGAAUAAGAAUUAUAUGCUUAGGCUGCAGGAAAUCCAAUAGGAAUUCUUGAAUAAUUUUUGAUAGCAAUGUAAAAUAAGGAUGACACAGAAUUUGUAUCGAUUUUACUAUCUAAAACAAUAUUUGAGAAUGAGGAGAAUAUUAGUAAGUUAGAAUGGAGCCAUGUUGAAGCAGUAUUAAAGUUUUGCAUUAGUGAAUUAAAAUAAGAAAAUAAGUUGUCUCAUCUUAAGAGAAUGUGUGAUUUGGCGGUAAAAGGAUUAUUAAAGUUCACAAAAUAUGAUGAAAUGAUUAUGUUACUUUUUGAAAUAGGUAGAGGUGCUUAAAGCUUAAAUUAAAAGUUAGCAACAAUGUAUUAUAUUGAAAUCAUGUGUGAAUUUGCCUUAUGUGAUGAAUAAUUAAUUAAACAUAGUUAAUAAUUGAAUGAAAUAUUUUCAGCAUAUUUAAAUGAUUAAUCUCCUUAAGUUAGAGCAGCAACAUGUUAAGGAAUUAGCAGUUUUUUAGUAUCAAUUGAAGAGGAAUCUUUAUUGAAUAGAUUUAGUAAUAAUGCAGUAGUUUUAUUAUAAUAAUUUGCAUAAGUAAUGUAAGUUGAUUAGGAAGCAUCAGUUCAAGCUUUACAAUCAAUAAAUGAAUUAUUAGAGAAUCAUCCUAAAUUCAUGAAGAAUUUGUAUUCAGAAUUGUUAAACAUUCAUACAUAAUUAUUGGGAUCUUAAGUUACAUUAUCAUUAAAAAAGGCAGCACUUCAUGGUUUAUAAACUUUAUGUUAGAUAGCUCCAGCUUUUAUAAGAAAGAGUGAUUAAUUUAAGACUUCAUCAAAUUUAAUGAUAAUGAAGAUGUUAACAGAAGUUGAUAGAAAAGAUUGGGAAAAUACAUUUGAUGAUAAUUGUUUAUAAUUAAAUGAUUUAUCAAGUGUGGCAGAAGAUUGUCUUGGUAAAAUGGUAAGAGAUUUGGGAGUAAAAUAUUUAUUACCAAUAUUUGUUCCAUUAAUAAUGCAAGCCUUAAGAUCUCCAGUAAUAAAUGAAUAACAUGCUGGUUUGAUUGCAAUGGCAACAUUGUCAGAUAAAGCAGCAGAUCAUUUUUAGAAUGAAUUAACAAACAUAAUGGAAUUAAUAUUGCCAUUAUCUUAAUCAUAAAAUAAAUUAAUAAUUUAUGAUUUAUUAACAUGUUUAGCAUCUCUUUGUUAAGAAUUUACACCAAAAAUAUAAACAAAUUAUGGAUCAUAGAUUCUAUAAUUGAUUGUAUCUUGCAUGUAAUAAAAGAUCUCAUAAAAAAUUCAAUACAUUUCUAUUGCUUGUUUGGUAGAUUUCACUAGAGAAUUGGUAGAAGAUAAGGAGGCAGCAAAGAAUGUAUUGACACCAGUAUCAACAUUUUUGAUAGAAUAAUUGUAUUCAGUAAUUCAAUCAAAUUUAACAGGUUCAAUAGAUUAAUAAUAAUAAUAAAUAUUAGAGUAAGCAUUAUCAGCAUUUAGUGCUUUAGCUACAAGUUUACAAGAACAUUUCACAUAAUAUUAUGAUUAAAUGAUGCCAUACAUGAUGUAAAUGAUGUAGACAGUAACAGUAAAUGAAGUAAAAUCCCUUUUAUUAGAAUGUAUUGGUUGUUUCUUGGUGUCUAUUAGUACAACAAGAAAGGAUUAAUGCAAAACUGAUUCUAAUUAAUUAGUAACUCAUUUUAUUUAAUUAUAAAAUAAAAUGGAAUCAGAUGAUCCUGCUCAUACCUCUAUAUUCUUUUUCUAUACUUAAGUUGCUACUGCAUUAAGAACAGAAUUUGGAUAAUAUUUAGAAUCUAUAUUCCCAUUAGUUGAAAGAGCCAUGAGAUUAGAUGUUGGAUUUUCUGUUAAUUCAUAGGCUGAAGGCAAAAACAUUACUAAAGUCAAAUUGGAUCUUAAAUUUUUAGGAGUUAAGAGUUUAUCACUUAAUACUAGUGCACUUGAAUAAAAGGUUGAAGGAGCUCACACUCUUGUUAAUUUAGCUGAAUAAUGUGGUAAAGCUUUCUAUCCUUACAUCACUAAAACUAUAGUCUUAAUGAAAGAAUUUAUCAAUUAUAAACAUAGUUCAUAAAUUUAAAAGUCGAUGGCUAAAUGUGCUGAAUAUUUGAUUGCUGCUUGUACACUUGAAACAGAUAUGGCAUAAGUACUUAUUUAAGUUACUCCUAUGCUCAUUACUGAAUUCACUGUGUUUCUAAAUAGUAAAUCAUUUGAAAGAGCUGCUGAAAUUGCAGAAGUCUUAGCUAAUUGUUUAAAUCAAGUUAAAGCUCCUAUUUUAGAUGCUAGUACAAUAGAUUCAAUGUUCUAAACAUCAAACAAAGCUCUUGCUGCUAUUAUUAAGGCUAAAGAAUCUAUCACUUAUGAAGAUGAAGAACAAUUUGAAGCUGAUUGUGAAGAAAUUGAUUCAUUAUUUGAUCACAUUACUAAUAUUGCAACAGAAUUGAUUUCUAAUCAUAAAUGUGAAUCUGUUUAAACAAUGAUGCCUACAUAUUAUUCAUUUUUAAAUAGUAAAUCAACAAAAUCUUAGACUAUUAAUUCUAUUGCAUUUUUCAAUAUGGUAUUACCACUUUGCAAUGAAUCAGUAUUUUAAUAAGCUCAAAAUGAAAUUUUAAAAUGCUAUUCUACAUUUGCCAAAACAGCUGAUUUAGAGUUAAAACAAAAUCUUCUUUUUGGGUAUGGAAAUAUAGCAAAAAGAUUUCCAACUUUAGAUACUACUCAUGUUAUUGAAUUAGCAUAAACAAUUAUUGAAUAACCAGAUUGCAAAAAUGUUGAUAAAGUUGCAUCAUAUGAAACUGCUUUGACAACUUUGGGUAAAGUAUCUAUGUAUUGUAAUGUUCCUUAAAAAGAAUAACUUUUGAAUAAAUUUUUAGAUUCACUUCCACACGAAUAUUAAGACAACCAAGAAACUCAUUUAAUGUUUAUUAAAGAAGUAAUUUUAUUUUCUAUUAUAUUAGAUUUAAAAUAACAAUCCAACAUUAAUGUAAUUUAAAGAUUAAGUUAUCCAAGCUUUGAAUAGAAUUAAAGUGUAAGAUUGCAACAAUCCUGAAAAUGAAUUGUUGUGUGAUGAAGGAAGAAAAUUGAUUUCAUAAAUAUUGUGUUGA